AUGAUUAAUUUAAAACCUAUUGAUUUCGAAAAUCAUGUUUUUCAACAUAAUCAAAAAUCUCUUGUCAAUUAAAUUUCUAACAAUUAUCCCCUAGAAUUGUUUAUCCAAGCAUCUCAAAUAGGAAUUGGUACUACAUUAGCAUCUGGUAGUUGGGACAAGUCUAUCCGUUUAUGGGAUGUUAAGACAGGAUAAUAAAAAGCCAAAUUUAAUGGUCAUUCACAUUAUGUUAAUUCAAUUUGUUACUCUCCUGAUGGUACUACAUUAGCAUCUGGUAGUGUAGAUAACUCUAUCCGUUUAUGGGAUGUUAAGACAGGAUAAUAAAAAGCCAAAUUAGAUGGUCAUUCAAAUACUGUUAAUACAAUUUGUUACUCUCCUGAUGGUACUACAUUAGCAUCUGGUAGUGGAGAUAAGUCUAUCCGUUUAUGGGAUGUUAAGACAGGAGAAGAAAUCGUCUCGUCAAACAAUCGAUAUAAAAACAUUUUAGCAUAAUUUUAAACUCCAAUUUUUAACAACAACUUGAUUGAAAAUAAUGGUAUUAAUUAUCUAUUAUUAUUUAGUUUCAUCGAUUAUCACUAUUCUUCUAAUAUCACAAUAGCUUAGAUUUUAAUCUUAAGGAGCUCUUAUUUUGAGAGGAGAAUUUAGUAAUCAAUCGGGCAUCGACUUGAGGACAUUAUUUAAAUAAAGAGGAAGUAUCAUUUUAGAGAACGAAAUGGAAUUAUAAAAACGAUGA